CUCCGGCUUUCCCUGCACACGCCCGUACGUGCAAACACGAAGCUAUAGAUAGAUAAAGUGGUUCUCUGAUGGGAAAUAGCCUGGGAAUGCUGUGCUUGCUGCAACUACUGCUGGCGUUUGGGUGCGCGGCAGGCGUCGCAGCUGCCGUGCGGCACGACCCUCUGGCGUGGAGCGAUGGCAUGGUUGCGGUUGCAGAGAAGGGUUGCGACGAGAAGAUGCAUAGUAGCAGUGGUGUAGGUGGUGGGAUGGGAGGUGGUGUUGGUGGAGGCGGAGGUAUGGGAGGCGGUGGUGGGUUUGGAGGAGGAGGAGGUGUAGGCGGAGGCAGCGGCAUGGGCGGUGGUGCAGGGUUUGGAAGCGGAGGAGGUGCUGGUGGUGGACUCGGAGGCGGAGGAGGAGCGGGUGGUGGAGUUGGCAUGGGUGGUGGGGGUGGAGGUGGAUUCGGAGGAGGUGGUGGAGCUGGUGGUGGCAUCGGCGGUGGCAGUGGAGGUGGGUUCGGAGGAGGUGGUGGAGCUGGUGGUGGCAUCGGCGGUGGCAGUGGAGGUGGGUUCGGAGGAGGAGCCGGUGUCGGAAGUGGCGGAGGACUUGGGGGAGGAGCUGGUCUAGGCAGUGGAGGAAUAGGCGACGGUGGAGGACUGGGAGGAGGAGCCGGUGCAGGUGGUGGCGGUGGACUGGGAGGAGGAACCGGUGGUGGAGGAGGAUUUGGCGGUGGCGGCGGGUUUGGAGGUGGAGGUGGUGUCGGUAGUGGAUUCGGUGCAGGUGGUGGUGUCGGAGGAGGAGGCGGCGCGGGUCUUGGUGGUGGCGUGGGCGGUGGUGUUGGUGGUGGAGGCGGAGGUGGCAUGGGUGGUGGUGCGGGUGGAGGCAUUGGUGGUGGAGGAGGAUAUGGAGGCGGAGGUGGCAUGGGUGGUGGUGGAGGGUUUGGAGGCGGAGGUAGCAUUGGUAGUGGUGCAGGUAGAAGCAUAGGUGCCGGUGGAGGGAAGGGUGGCGGUUUUGGAGGUGGUGUCGGCGGAGGCAUUGGUGGUGGAAGAGAUGGGGGAGCCGGUGCUGGUGUAGGAAUGGGAAGCGGUUUUGGAGGUGGUGCAGGAGGAGGUUUCGGGGCUGGUGGUGGAUUUGGAGCUGGAAGUGGUGCGGGAGCUGGUUUCGGAGGAGGUGGUUUUGGUGCAGGCGGAGGAGUAGGAGGGGGCUUCGGAAGUGGUGGUGGUGCAGGUGGAGGCAUGGGAGCAGGUGCGGGAGGAGGUUUUGGAGCUGGUGGAGGACAUGGAGUGGGCAAGGGUGUUGGCGGUGGAGUGGGUAAGGGUGUUGGUGCUGGAGGCAGCCUCGGUGGAGGCGGUGAAGUGGGCAAGGGAACAGGUGGCCUCAGUAGAGGCGGAGGACAAGGCAAAGGCACUGGCAACGGAGCCGGACUUGCAACUGGUGGCGGUGGUGGCCUUGGUGGAGGUGGCAAGAGAUCUAAUUCUAGAGUUAGGCAUGGAGCUAAUAGUGAAGGCAGAGUAAUAAGCAAUGGCAACGACAAGAAAAAACAUGGCAGAAAGUACCACGGAGACAGAAGCAACGGUGGCAAGAGAGACCCAAAACAAGGGUGUUUGAACUGAGUGCAACGCAAAUUCCAUCGUGCUAUUUCCCAUGUUUUGUAUAACUAAAUGAUUUAUUACGUAGUAAUAAAGAAAAUGUAUUUAAUUUCAAAGAUCCACUUGGAGAGUGCUAACUUGUGAUUUGUGAAACCGGCCAAACCAAACAAUCAUGUCAACCUUGCAUGCUGCUGGAAGGUCUAGAACUUAGUUGGUGUUUCAGUUAUCUAAACCCUUUGCCUCA